GAAGACGUUUUACUUUAAACUGAAUCAGGCCCAGCAAGAAGGUGAGGACCAAGGCCCACACCCGUAACUUGAAAUAAUCAGAAAACGCUAAAUGUGAACAACAUAACUAGUCACAGCACUAGUGUCCAAAAAGCGGCGGCACAAUCACUUCAUAAGUGAGGUUGGGAAUCAAAAAGUAACAAAAUGGCUGAAGCUCAUCAGGCUGUGGCAUUUCAGUUUACUAUUACUCCUGAUGGCAUUGACCUCCGCCUCAGUCACGAGGCACUAAAACAGAUCUACCUCUCAGGACUCCGUUCAUGGAAGAAGAAACUAGCUCGUCUCAGGAAUAGUUUCAUCACUGGAGUUUACCCUGCCAGUCCUUACAGCUGGCUUUUUGUGGUUAUUGCAAUCUUGGGGACCAUGUAUGCCCGUGUGGGUCCAUCCAUGGGUAUGAUUGGAAAGAUCAAAGAAAAUCUGCCAGCAAGCGAAUAUUUAUCUCAUCAAGGACAGAGCAUUGUGAGUGCCCUAUUGUUUUCUACAGGCCUGUGGUUUGCACUUAUCAUGACAAUGAGAUAUAUUCUUAAACAACUUCUGUCUUACCAUGGCUGGAUGUAUGAGCAGCAUGGAAAAAUGUCUGCUACAACUAAGUUGUGGUUGACAUUGGUAAAGAUUUUCUCAGGGCGUACACCAAUGCUUUACAGUUUCCAGGCAUCACUCCCUCACCUCCCUGUUCCAACUAUAAAAGAUACCAUACAAAGGUAUUUGGAGUCUGCUAAACCUCUUAUGGAUGAUGAGGAGUUCAAACGUAUGGCAGCACUAGCAAAGGAUUUUGAGAUAAAAAUGGCUCUAAAACUACAGUGGUACCUGAAGCUGAAAUCCUGGUGGGCAUCCAACUAUGUUAGCGAUUGGUGGGAAGAAUAUAUCUACUUGCGUGGAAGGGGGCUCAUCAUGGUGAACAGCAACCAUUAUGCAAUGGAUUUUCUGUAUGUCACUCCAACCCGAAUUCAAGCAGCUCGUGCAGGCAACACAGCCCAUGCUAUCCUGUUGUAUCGCCGUAAAUUAAGUCGGGAGGAGCUGAAACCGUUGAUGAUCCAAGAUUGUUUGCCAAUGUGCUCAGCUCAGUGCGAGCGCAUGUUUAACACAGCUCGUAUCCCAGGAAUUGAAACAGACACUAUCCAGCAUUAUUCGGACAGCAAACACAUUGUGGUCUAUCACAAGGGACGCUUUUUUAAAGUGUGGGUUUACCAUGGUGGUCGCUUGCUUAACCCCAGAGAGCUGGAGCUUCAGUUUCAACACAUCCUAAAUGACACAAGCUCUCCACAGCCUGGAGAAGAAAAACUGUCUGCUUUAACUGCUGGCGAGAGAACAACUUGGGCCAAAGCUCGUAAAGCUUAUUUUAGGAGUGGAAAGAAUAUGCAGUCUCUGGAUCUUGUGGAGAGAGCAGCUUUUUUUGUCACUUUGGAAGAUAGCGAGCAGGGACUGCAGAUUGAUGAUCCAGUGAAUUCUUUGGAUGCCUAUUCUAAAUCUUUGUUGCAUGGGAAAUGCUACGACAGAUGGUUUGAUAAGUCCUUUAGUUUUGUGGUGUUCCAAAAUGGCAAAGUGGGACUCAAUGCUGAACAUUCUUGGGAUGAUGCACCUAUCGUUGGACAUAUGUGGGAGUGGAUGUUGGCUACAGAUUGCUUUCAGCUUGGAUAUAAUGAUGAGGGACACUGUAAGGGUAAAGCCGAUUCUACUUUGCCUCUGCCACAAAGAAUGCAGUGGGACAUCUCUAAUGAGUGUCAAUGGGUCAUCGAAACAUCACUGAAUGUAGCACAGUUGUUAGCCAAUAAUGUUGACUUCCACGCGUUUCCUUUUAAAGAAUUUGGUAAAGGCUUGAUUAAAAAGUGUAAAAGCAGCCCUGAUGCUUUUAUACAAAUAGCUCUUCAGCUUGCACACUACAGGGACAAAGGAAAGUUCUGUCUAACAUAUGAGGCAUCCAUGACACGACUUUUCAGAGAAGGGCGAACACAAACUGUCUGUUCAUGUACUGUUGAGUCAUAUGACUUUGUAAAAUCUAUGAUGGAUAAAUCAGCAACUAAUGAGGAACGGCUGAGACUUUUCAGAUAUGCAGCUGAUAAACAUCAAAUGUUUUACCGCAAUGCUAUGACUGGUGCUGGAAUUGAUAGGCAUCUUUUCUGCCUUUAUGUUGUAUCCAAAUACCUUGGAUUGGAUUCACCUUUUUUGAAACAGGUACUAUCUGAACCAUGGCGCCUGUCAACCAGUCAGACACCAAUUCAGCAGGUUGAACUCUUUGACCUGGUGAACCAUCCAGAAUAUGUCUCAUGUGGCGGUGGCUUUGGACCUGUGGCUGAUGACAGCUACGGAGUCUCUUACAUUAUUGUUGGUGAAAAUCUAAUUAACUACCAUAUAUCAAGCAAAUUCUCCAGUAGUGAGACAGAUUCUCACCGAUUUGGCAAACACAUUCGGGGAGCUCUUCUGGAUAUUUUGGCCUUGUUCAAUCUUAAUACAAAAUAGGCUGUUUUCAUCUUACAAAAAAACUCUACACAAAGAACAUCUGUAGAUUACAUAA